AUGGAUUCCAGUGAAGAAUUUGCAGGAACAUUUUACAGCAACUUGCGCUCACUCAUAACCCUCGUAGAUCAUUUGAGAGAUGCUGGACUUCAAAAAUACAUUCGGCUUCCUAGAAUAGUUACCUUGGGACUCCAGAGCAGUGGAAAGAGUUCAGUACUUGAGUCAAUAGUAGGGCUCAAUUUUUUGCCUAGAAAUGAAGGAGUCUGUACUCGCAGACCAUUGGAGCUUAGACUUGUCCAUGAAGAAAACCAAACACAGCCAUGGGCUAUUUUUGAAGGCAACACGACUAGGUAUACUGAAUUUGAAAAAGUUAGAGAACAGAUCGAAAGACUGACAGAUGACCGUGCAGGAAAAAAUAAAGGAAUUGUUGAUGAUCCAAUUAUUCUGACAAUCCACUCUUCCACUUGUCCUGAUCUUACACUGAUUGAUCUUCCUGGGAUUACUAGAAUCCCUAUUAAAAAUAGUGAUCAACCAGCUGACAUUGAAAAGAUUACUAAGGAAAUGGCAUAUAGAUAUAUCUCUGACCCAAGAACUAUCAUCUUAUGUGUUAUUGCUGCAAAUACUGAUAUCAGCACCAGCGAAUCGUUGCUGAUGGCAAAUAAAGUCGACAAGACUGGAAUUAGGACUUUAGGGGUUAUCACAAAAAUCGAUAUUAUGGACAGAGGAACCAAUGCCAAAAAAGUCCUAAUGGGGCAAGAAGUAGCGUUGAGACUUGGCUUCAUCGGAGUCAAAAAUAGAUCUCAAGAAGACAUCAAUAACAAUGUCAGAGUUGGAGCAGCUUUAAGAGAAGAACAAGAGUACUUCGCACAGCACCCCGUUUACUCCACAAUGCCUCCUGGAUAUUUAGGCACAGAUGUCCUUACCCAGCGUUUAACUCAAAUUUUAUUCAACCACAUCAAGCACUUCCUUCCUGAAAUUCUCAAAGAAACGAUGUACAGGAUCAAAGAAUGUGACGAAAGACUAAAAGAGCUCGGACCAAGCACCCCAGUCGAGCCUAAACAAAGGACCCAGUUGCUUUGGAACAUGAUCACUGAUUACUGUGAAACCUUCAAAAACACAAUUAGAGGGAAAUUUGAACGGAGAAGCAACUCAAGAAUUGCAAAAGAUCUAGCUGGAGGAGUCACUAUUAAGCACUAUUUCAAUACCUUAUUAGAAGACUAUUCAGGAAACUACAACGCAACUCAAGAUUAUAGCAACGAAGAUAUCCAGAGAAUCAUGGCACAGCAUGAAGGUGAUAAUAUCCCUGGCUUCCCUUCUGUUGAUGUGCUGCUUUUCUUGCUACAGCCACAGCUUGAAAGGCUUAAAUCACCAGUUCUUGACUGCUUGAUGGACGUUCACUCCUAUUUAGAUCAGCUUGCACACAAGAUUGUAGAAAGAGUCUUUUAUAGGUUCCCGACAAUGGCUGGAGAAAUUGGGGAUAUCUCUUCACAUGUUUUGGUAAAAGAAAGAGAAGCAUGCAAGUCAAUCGUUGAGAAUUUAAUUGACGCUGAAGAAGGGUAUAUUUUCACUAAUGAUGUUGAAUAUCUAGCAAAGAGAACAGACUUGAUACCAAAAAGUGACGCCAAAGUGGCAAGAAACCCAGAAAAUGUAUUUGUUGAUGAAAUUAGAAGCAGAAUUGACACCUACUUCAGGAUUGUGGUGAGAAAUGUAAGAGAUACCGUUCCUAAGAUCAUUGGAUAUUUCUUACUCCCCAGAGAAAGAUCAGACUUUUCUAUAAAUUAUACUCUAUUUGUUAUAGAGCAAAACAUUUUUAAUAUGAAUUUUUAUAUAUAAAUAUCGAUAUGUAAUUAAGAUAUACAAAUGUUUUUGCGGAGGGAAUUAGUAAGAUCAGUCAUGGAUAAGCUGCAAAUGGAGCUUUAUGAAAGUAUCAAUAGGAGCGAAACUUAACUUAACUUAACUUAGUGUCUGGUAUUUAAGGUGUCUAGUGCCGCACCCCAUAAAAAUGGAGUUAUAGCGAAAAAUUGAUGACGUCGCCGGGCCAUCUUGGAAUCGCGAUGGUUAGCCCACCGGCCAAGCCUUCACCUGCACUUCGCCCUUCUUCGCCGCACGUCUCACCCGGCGCGUUGCCGUCGCCCUUGCCCCGACUCAGCUCCUGCGCGUGUUCCGCCUAAGGGUCAUCCUCCCGUGGGGAUGUGCUGAGAGGUAAAACUCCGAAAUCUUGAGCGCACUGAGGAGCUGUUCCUUUGGUUAUCCCCAAAGUUAAAUAGCUAUUGCUGUGCAGAAGUUCUCGAGAGAAAACCCAACCCCAUAAAUAAAAUUCCAUGAGGGAGAGAAAAUUAGCAAAGCUAAUUUCUCUCGAACCGAAUGCCAUUUUAUUUAUCAAUAGGAGCGAAACAAUUUUAAACUUAUUAAGCGAGCCAGCUCACAUCACUACCGAAAGAGAUAACAUCAAGAAGCAACUUCAAACACUUAGAAAAGCUGAAAAAAUACUUAAGCACGAUCCGAAUCUUGCUGCCCAAGCUAACUCAAUCGAAGAUGAAAUACUCAAAGCAGCAAAUGAACAAGCAACAAGCGAAGAACCAAAGAAAAAACUAGACGACUUAAAAGAUGACACCACACCACCACCAGUGAUUCAAAAAGUGGAUAAGCAGCCUUCAGGAGGGAGCGGAUUGUUUUCAGGAGGAAAGUCUAAAGGGUUAUUUUAA